CAGAAGAAGAAAAGGAGGAAGAAACCCCAUCACACGUGUUUACAACAUGGCGGCCUGAUUCGACUCGCUGCUUUUCAACAUAACAUGAAGUCUUUAAACUAGAUUUUGUUCUGCUAACACGUUCCCUGAAAGCUUAAGAGGAACAACUUCAACAACGUCAGCAUGGCGCAGAAGAAGAAGCUGACCAAAAAGAAGAGAAGAGAGCCAGAGGUGGACUCUGACGGCGGAGACUUCGAACUGGCUGCUGAAAUCAAAGACGAUGAUCUACCAGGGAGGAAGCUGUUGCGGUUCCCAGCCACUUCAGACUGCCUGUCGGAUGUGGAGCCCGACACCAGGGAGCUGGUCCGAGCCCAAAACAAGAAGAAGAAGAAGUCCGGAGGCUUUCAAUCCAUGGGACUCUGUUACCCGGUUUUCAAAGGAGUCAUGAAGAAAGGUUACAAAGUUCCAACUCCAAUCCAAAGAAAGACUAUUCCAGUCAUUUUAGACGGCAAAGAUAUCGUAGCCAUGGCUCGGACAGGCAGCGGAAAGACGGCCGCCUUCCUGGUGCCGAUGUUUGAGAGGCUGAAGGCGCCGCAAGCCCAGACGGGAGCCAGGGCUCUCAUCCUGACUCCCACCAGAGAGCUGGCUCUUCAGACCAUGAAGUUCACCAAGGAGUUGGGUAGGUUCACCCGCUUGAAGACUGCACUGAUCCUUGGUGGAGACAGAAUGGAGGACCAGUUUGCUGCACUGCACGAAAACCCUGACAUAAUCAUUGGUACCCCUGGUCGUCUCAUGCACGUCAUCCAGGAAAUGAACCUGAAGUUGCAAAACGUGGAGUAUGUGGUGUUUGAUGAGGCCGACCGGUUGUUUGAAAUGGGCUUUGCCGAGCAGCUCCAGGAGAUCAUUCGGAGGCUUCCUGACACCAGACAGACGCUGCUGUUCUCCGCCACUCUGCCCAAACUGCUGGUGGAGUUCGCUCGAGCUGGGCUGACUGAACCUGUACUGAUUCGCUUGGAUGUGGACUCCAAGCUCAGUGACCAGAUCAAGCUGUCUUUCUUCCAUUUACGAGUGGACGACAAGCCGGCCUUACUCCUCCACCUCCUGAGGAACGUGGUAAAACCUCAGGAGCAGACGGUGGUCUUUGUAGCCACCAAACAUCACGUAGAGUACCUUAAGGAGCUGCUGUCGUCAGAAGGCGUGGAGUGCGCUUACAUCUACAGCGCCCUCGAUCAGACGGCCAGGAAGAUCAACAUUGGGAAGUUUGUGCACCGCAAAGCCAUGGUGCUCCUUGUGACGGAUGUCGCAGCUCGAGGGAUAGACAUCCCCCUGCUGGACAAUGUCAUCAAUUACAACUUUCCUUCCAAAUCGAAGCUCUUCUUACACAGAGUUGGUCGUGUGGGCCGAGCGGGUCGUAGUGGCACCGCCUACAGUAUGGUUUGUGCUGACGAGAUGGCUUUUGUGUAUGACUUACACCUUUUCCUCGGGAGACCUGUUCACCUGGCCACAUUGGAGCACACACCAGAUUUAGAUGGAGUCUUUGGUCGCGUCCCUCAGAGCAUCCUGGACGAUGAAGGGGGCAACCUGAUUACGGCACACAGCAACUCCAUGGAUCUACAGAACCUGCACCGGAUAUCUGAGAACGCCUACAAGCAGUACCUCAAGUCUAGACCCAACCCCUCUGCAGAGUCCAUCAGACGAGUGAAAAACAUGGAUGUGUCCUGCAUGGCCGUCCAUCCCUUACUGGGUUCUGGUUUGGAGAAAACUGAAUUUGAGCGCCUUCAGAUAGUGGAUGCUAUCAAGGGCUACAAAACCAAAGCGACCAUCUUUGAAAUCAACUCCAGCUGCAAGACGCUUGCCAGUGAGGUGAUGCGGGCCAAACGCUCUAAGGACUCGAGGCUGGUGGACAAGUUCAGCAGGGACAGAGAAAAUCUGGCUGCAGAGGGACGCCUUCAUCAGACAAACGAUAUUGCUGCGGACGAAGAGGCGUCCGAAACUUGCAAGGACGAUGAUGCACUACAGGAGGUCUUCUCGGAGGUGGUCGGGGGAAAGCGGAAGUGCCAUGAGAAUGGAGGAGAAAACCGUCCAAAGAACAAGCGAGGCAGACAGACGGGCAAAGAUGAGGAGUACUACAUCCCCUACAGACCGAAAGACUUCAACUCAGAAAGGGGGUUAAGUCUGAGCGGAGAGGGCAGCGCCUUUGAAAAGCAAGCAUCGUCUGCCGUCCUGGACCUCAUGGGAGACGAGGGAGACCGAUUAAACCAGCACAAGAAAAUUAUGAGAUGGGACAGAAAGAGGAAACGUUUCAUUAUGGAAACAGGAAAGGGGGACGAGAAGAAGAAGAUAAAACUGGACGGUGGUCAAGUCAUCAACAACAAGAAGAACAAAAAGAACUUCUAUGAGGAGUGGAAGAAGAGAUACAGGGUUGAUGACGGUGGGUCGGGCUCGGAUGGAGAGGGAGGUGCAGGAGGAGGAGGGAGGAAGCCAGUAAGAGGGCGUGGCCGUGGUCGCCCGAGCUCCUCGGGACCGCAGCGCUCGUCGAGCGGCAAAGCCGUGCGCUCCGAGCUGAAGUCCAGCCAGCAAAUCCUGAAGCAGCGUAAGAAGCGAGAGAAGCACCAGUUCCUGCAGAGCGGAGGCCUUAAGAACCUGCGCAAUAAGAACAAAAAAUGGCUUGCAGAAGUUAAGAAGUCUGGUUUUGGUCGCGGCGGACACAAGAAGGGGAAGAUGAAGAAGAGACUGUGAGGGGAGGGAGAAUGAACAUUGUCAUUAUGAUGCCCGAAAUCUUAAGUAUUCUGAUAGUGGAUACAAUUUAAGAUACCCUACUCUGGACUCUAAGCGAGAAUAUUUUGUCAAUUCAAUGUUUUAGGUGUGUUUGAGAGCGAACUGUGUAAAUCAUGGAAAUACAGGUAUAAACAGGCCAGUUUUUGUCAUGUCGUC